UAGCGGUCCAAAUGAUAGUCCCACUAAGCACUAACCAGAUGGGAUGGCGUAUCGCUGCAGAAUGCUGUGUCUAUGCUGUGUCUAAGUGUGCCUUGAAUUCUAAAUAAAUCACAGACAGUGUCACCAGUAUUGCACACCAUCACACCUCCUCCUCGAUGCUUCACGGUGGGAACUACACAUGCGGAGAUCAUCCGUUCACCGACUUUGCGUCUCACAAAAACACAGCGGUAGGAACCAAAUAUCUACAUUUGGACUCCAGACCAAAGGACAGAUUUCCACCAGUCUAAUGUCUAUUGCUCGUGUUUCUUUGCCGAAACAAGUUUUCUUUUUAUUGGUGUUCUUUAGUAGUGGUUUCUUUGCAGCAAUUCGACCAUGAAGUCUUCUCUGAACAGUUGAUGUUGAGAUGUGUCUGUUACUUUAACUCUGUGAAGCAUUUAUUUGGGCUGCAAUUUCUGAGGCUGGUAAAUCUAAUGAACUUAUCCUCUGCAGCAGAGGUAACUCUGGGUCCUCAUAAGAGCCAGUUUCUUCAUAGAGCUUGAUGGUUUUUGUGACUGUAUAUCUGGUUUUUGCGUCGGAAUGCCUAUCUUCUGUACACCACCCCUAAUUUGUCACAACACAAAUGAUUGGCUCAAACACAUUAAGAAGGAAAUAAAUUCAUGUUAAUUGCAAUUCAUUCCAGGUGACUACCUCAUGAAGCUGGUUGAGAGAAUGCCACGAGUGUGCAAAGCUGUCAUCAAGGCAAAGGUGGAUUCUUGUGGAUGGGAAAUGCUCCCUGAUCUUCCCUGCCCUCCUCCUCCCUCUCCUGAACACCCCAAUCCCUCCAUCUCUCGUUCUCACUUUCACCAUCACUCCAUCACUCUCUGGUCACAAUGACGUCCACGCUGCAAACGCUGGCGCUCAAGCUGGCCCCGCCCCCUCAGGACCUAAACCCUGAGCGGUUGGACGGCUGCGAGGAGACAGGCCGGCACUACAAAGUGGUUCCCUCCGUCGUGUGCUCCAUGUGUUGCCUCUUCGGCAUCAUCUACUGCUUCUUCGGGUACCGUUGUUUCAAGGCGGUGAUGUUCCUGACGGGCCUGAUGUUUGGCUCCAUCGUCAUCUUCAUGUUGUGUUAUAAGGAGCGCGUCCUGGACACCCAGCUCAGUGUUGAGGCCUCUGUGGGCAUCGGCCUGGGCAUCGGCACCCUCUGCGGCCUGGUCACUAUGCUGGUUCGCUCCGUGGGUCUCUUCAUGGUGGGUCUCCUCCUGGGCCUCUUGGUGGCUGUGGCUACACUUGUGGGUAUGGAGGAGCUGUCCAACAGCCCCCCGAGGUCGGUCUGGGUCCCCCUGGGGGUGCUGCUCGGCCUGGGCAUGCUGUUCGCCGUUCUCACCCUCCAAUGGCAGCGUUUCUUCACCACCGUGUCCACGGCCGUGUUCGGGGCGGCGGUGAUCACCGUUGCGCUGGACUACUUUGUGGAGCUGUUUGCCCUGGUGCUGUACCUGUAUGAGAGGGUGAAAGCGGCGCCCAGAGGGAGACCCGUCUGUUGGAUCACCUGGGUGGUGCUGGGGGUGUGGCCUGUUCUGACACUCCUGGGGGUGCUAAUACAGUGGAAGGUGACAGCAGAGGGAUACUCCCACACCAAGGUGAUAAUCAGUCGUCAGCAGCGGCGGGUCCAGCUGAUGCGCAUCCGUCAGAAGGAGGAGCGGAGGGACCGCAGCAGGAAGAGGAAGAAUAAGCAACAGAGAGACUCCACCCACAGCUCUCACGCUCCCAAACCCCUGCACCCCGAGCCCGCCUAUCGCAGGAAACCCAACCCUAUACGACGCUUUGACGGGGACGUCCUAUCGCCUAGUUACAUCCAGAGUUUCCGGGACAGGCAGGUUGAGGCCAGGCCGUAUCCUGGAGGGGGCAGACUGGUGGGGGGAGGAGUUGCUCACACCAAUGUGGAUGUGGACUAUGACUGUGGCUCCACCACGCCCCUCACUGCGGCUGCAGGCCCCUUACUACGAGUCUGAACACUCCCCUAACCACUGGUCCAGCCACACCCCCAAUCAUCUGGCAGCCACAUCACACCCCCAAAAGGUGUGACCACACCCACAACCCACCUGUGCUGCAGUAUGGAUCUGACCACACCCCUAAAUGGUGUGACCACACCCGCAAAGGCCUGUAUUGCAGUAUAGGUCUGACUGACCACUCCCCCACCACAAUGCUGGAGCCAAUCAGAGUAUGUGAAUAGUGAAGGCCUGAACUCCUUUUUCUGUUUCACACACACCAGCCACAUGCAUGAAAAUACUGUACACACAUCCACAAACACCGCAGUGGAACUGGACCUGGUGAACAGAGAGAGAAAUACAGGGCCUCCAACGGGAUGGAUAGAUGUUACCUGAGUCUUCUCUCUCUCCAUCCAGCCUCCAGCCAGUCUCCAUCGUGACACAGUUUAAAGAAGCAUGGCUCAGGUUUCAAACGAGGCAUCGUUUUACCACGGACACCGGAAUACAAUCCUCUCUCUUCAGGAUUUUGAAAGAUUCAACUUAAAGUCUGUCUAUUACUCUGCAGUCUUAAUUCCUCAAAUCAUUCUCUGUCGUCAACAGGCAGUUCCUUUGUACUGCAUUUCUACGGUUCCAGCCUUCUAUGGAGUUGGGACCUUCUGAUGAGAACUGACUAGUCAUAAACACCCCUGCUCUGUGCCAUGCCAGCCCAACAACAGAUCACCUCCUGGGAAGGAGAAGAAUAUAUGUCUUUUAAGAGGAAGCAUUAUGCAUUCUUGGUGCUGGACGAUAUCCUUCUUUGGAAAGCAGUUUGAAAUCCCCCUUCUUUAAAUGAAGUUGGGAGAUCCGGUUGAUUUACGGGUGCCUUGUGACUGCCCUUACUUGGACUGUACCACUCAGCAGUGAGAUAGUGGUUAUUGGCAGUGGUCACUGACUGAGAGAUGUGAGAGACUAUAUGAUAACGUGCUAUAUUAUUAUAGUGACAGACAACAAAGUUGUUGCGAUAGGAAUGAGGGUAGGCCUAUGUCUAGCAGAGGAGCAACAGUGACCCAAUCAGGGAGCAAGCAAGGAAACAGUGGAUGGUGAUUGGUCUAACCUGCCCUGGGCUCUACCAAAAGGAACCCUACAUGAAGUCAGCACAGGGUCAACAAGAGGUCAAUAAAGAGUUCAAAACAGAAAGGGGUCAGAAUAAACGAUCGACCAAUACGACGAGAGUAUUGACCACUCCCCCUCCACUCUACAGAGAGGACCAUUUAGGUCACAGAGGAUCGUCCUACAUAUAGAUAGACCCCUACAUAAUGUGCAUUGGCUUUUCAAUAUGGGUCCUAACAUUCUGUCUAUCGUGUAUCAGUAAAUGACAUCUAUGGUUUAUUAUUGUCUUUGACUCAGACUGUGAAAGGGACUGUGAGUGUGAAUCACAUGAUAAAAUAAUACAGGCGUGAUGUUAUUGCUAUUAUUAUUAUGAUUAUGAUUGCCCCAUUGGGCUGUGGGUCGGGACAGGGUAUGAGAAUCAAAGUUCUUUUCCCAGAAUCUUCCAGGGGAAAUCUACCUGGCUGCAUGACUCAGUGUUUCCUUCCUGUUCCUGUUCCUGUCCCCCUCUCUUAUCUGUCUCCCGUGGCUUUGUCCUCCUCACCUCACCAGACAGUGGUUCCUAUCCCCUCUAGCCUGGUCAGCCCACAUCUAACAACCACGUGCAUAGUUUGUUAAACACUUCUCAAGAAUAGCUUCUUAAUAAUGCAUUAUAAGCAAAUGUAUAAUGCCUUAUGAGCUGUGUAUAGUUCACUAUAAUGCAUAGAGAUUAAAUUGAUAUUCAUGAGCACUUAUUAUGCGCUUAUUUUACAUUAUGAAGAGCAUAUUCAUAGGAAGUGUUAGCAAAUUAGCCUGAGUGCCAGUCUUGUUAAAGCCAUCAUUUCAACUCCUUGCCGUGACAAUGAGUUGGUAUGGUAGCACAAACAGAUCUGGUACCAGGCUAUUACAGACUUGUCCAUACAGCACAAACAGAUGUGUAAUUCCCCACUACUUCUCAUUCUUCUGAUCUUCUGUUUUGUACAUAAACAACACUGUAUUUUUACCAUUUAUCUGUAUUUCUUGCUUUAUUUGAUUGUUUAUUUGUUCUUAUGGAUUUAUUUUAGGAUAUUUCAUUUUAUUUAUAUGAAAUGAACCUUUUAUUUAACUAGGCAAGUCACUUAAGAACAAAUUCUUAUUUACAAUGACGGCCUACUGUGGAACAGUGGGUUAAACGCCUUGUUCAGGGGCAGAACAACACAUUUUUACCUUGUCAGCUCGGGGAUUCGAUCCAGCAACCUUUCGGUUACUAGUCCAACGCUCGAACCACUAGGCUACCUGCCGCCCAAAUAACAUGUCCUUUCUGAAGUACUGUAUGUAGAUUUAUUUAUCAGGUAAUUUAUUGACAUUAUGUUAUUGACAUCUUUUGACUUCAAGAGUGCAGCCUCGUAAAUGUAGGCCGGUGAUAUUCCAUGUUUCUUAUUACAAAUAUAAUUAUUAAUACUAUUAUUAUUAUUAUUAUUAUUAAAGCAUGUGUUUUUAUGGGCCUGUAUAUGAUAAACAAAGUGAUUCUUCAA